UCCCACACCCCACCAAAGGAAAGAAAAGAACCCAAUAGACAAAUCUCUUUGUACAUUUUCCCACCCAAGCUAAGCUAGGUAUGGCUGAAGAAGGCUCUGAAGGCUCUGUUGCAACCUCUUCUUCCACUCCAAACUGGUGGGAGCUCCCUCCUCACCACCCUCUAUCUUCAUGGAGCAACACCACUUCAUGGCACCCCACAAACCCUAAUUCCAACUCUUCAUGUGAGGAAGAUAUCUCAAUCUCACCUUCAUUCACCAAUGCAUCCAAUCAGUCAGGAAUAAGUGUUGAUUCUUCUCGCCGACUAGUUGAACCGGCGACCUCGAGUGAACUCAUGGGAGAACCUGCAUCAGAGAAUCCUCUGUGGAGCCAGGUUUUAUUAAGCGUCAGAAGCAGUGGGGAAUUAAACACUAACUGUUGGGAUCUCUCAAACGACUCUCCAUCUUUAAACAACAUGGAGAAACAAUUUAGUGGUUAUCAUGGAGGCUUGAUGGAAAACCAAAGGCUGAACAACUGGUCUAUUGCUCCGCCGGACCCAGAAGUCGAGCGGCCAAGUAACAUGUCAAUCUGCAACAUAUCUUUGAACAAUUCUUCCAUGGAUCACCAGUAUUCAGAACCUGAUUUUCCUCAGAUGAAGCAGAAUAACAUUCCCAACUCAUCAUCAUACUUGGUGGAAGGGAACAGAUCAGGUUCUAGUUUCUUUCCAUGCUAUGAAAAUGAUUUGAAAGUGGAGAGCCAACAAGAGAUUGAACCCUCUAGAGCUUCAUUUCAAAGGCCAUUUAACACUAGUAAUGGUGUUGCUGGCUAUCAGAUUAACAACAACUCAAGUAUUGGAGACAACAACAACAAAUAUUACUAUGGAAUUUCUGAUUCAUCAGCACCAUUGUCCAGCACAAGGAACCUUCUUUCUUUUAGUGGUUGUUUAAGCAAACCCCUAAUGGAUUUUCAGGCCUCUAAAUCUUGUCUAAAACCCUUGAAUUCACCCAAAAGUGAGAAACAAGGGAAAGACUCAUCUUCACAGGCAAAGGGAAAUGGGAGGGGAACAGGAAUUACAAAUGAUGGGAAGAAGAAAAGAACUGAAGACACAUCAUCGGAGACUCUCUUUAAAAAGCCCAAGAAUGAGAGCUCCACAACCUCAUCUGCGAAGACACAGCCUCCUAAAGUCAAGUUGGGAGACAGGAUCACUGCCCUACAACAAAUUGUGUCACCUUUUGGGAAGACUGAUACUGCAUCUGUCCUGUGGGAAGCAAUUGGUUAUAUAAAAUUUCUCCAAGAGCAAGUUCAGCUAUUGAGUGACCCAUAUAUGAAAUCAAAUGUAAACAAGGACCCCUGGGGAAGCUUGGAGAGGAAAGAUAAAGGAGAGUCAAAGCUGGAUUUGAAGAGUAGAGGCCUUUGUUUAGUUCCUAUUUCCUGUACUCCUCAAGUUUAUCGGGAAAACUCAGGGGCAGACUACUUGACACCAGCAUACAGAGGAUGUCUAUAUAGGUGAAAUUAAGAAAUAUAUGUUGGUUCUGAAACUCUGGUUUAUUAACAAUCUGGACUAGACUGUCCUACAGAUACUUCUAGGAAGGAAUUAAUCCUAGUAGACAAAUAACUUCUCAUCAAGAGAGUGUAACAAUCAAUCUUUAAUUGUAACAAAUAUUGAGUUCACUUCCCCUUUAUGGGUAGUGUAACAUAUUAAUUAACAAGAAACAUAGCAAAUGGGAAUGAUUGUACUAAA